UCUAUUUGAUCGUCAACCAAACUGGGAAUCCAUUUUAUUAGCAGAGGUGCUCGAGUGGGAAUAACUUCAUCACGAGCACGGUCCCUUGCCAAGUCAUCGCCUCUCCACGCCAGCGGUCUGGUUAUUUUGGACUGUGUAUCCAGUUUUCUACUGCUAAUUACUCUUUUCUUGUUUCCUUGCGAAGCUUUCCUCCUCUGACUGCCCACCCAUACUGAUUUUUACGGUCUUUGUUUAUAUCUUUCCUGUUGGGUCCAAGUUCCCCGGUCGAUCCUGGCGACGCUGACUGUAUACUGGUCCUCAGACAGCGACUGCGCGAUUGCGAUCGAAGCAUCUGCAAUCUGAACUGUCUGCAGUUGUCGCCAUUGGUCGAAAUGGCACUUGUGAAUCGCUCGUCCUCUCGGCAGUCUGCCAUCGAGGCCGGCGAACCAGAGCUCGCAGUUUCUGGUCGCCAGGAUGAGUCUCUUCCGACACACAAGGAAAAGAAUCAGAAGGAGAAGCUACCCCCAAUAUUCCACGUAGACCCAGCUGGUGAAAGUGGGCGAUCUGGAAUUGACCCCAAAUUUUUCCUCAAGAUCUGUGUCAGGAGUACAUGCACCUUAUCCAUGGUAGUCAAUAUACUAUGGCCAUUUGUACCCCCUGCAAUUGUGAUUCACUUCGCAAGGCCGGAUCUCCAUGUUUGGAUCUUUGCCCUCAAUUAUAUCGCUAUGGUCCCAACGGCCAACCUGCUCGGUUUCGCUGGAGGAGAAUUAUCCAAGAAGCUGCCGAGAGUGCCCGGGAUCCUGUUGGAGACGACCCUGAGCGCCGUCGUGGAAAUCGUCCUUAUGAUGACACUCAUCAGUAACAGUGAUGCAAAGAACAACCUAGUGCCUGUUAUUCAGGCCGCGAUAUUGGGCUCAAUCCUUGCUAACCUGUUGUUCUGUCUGGGACUAUGCUUCUUCGCCGGUGGUAUGCGACGAGAUGAACAAGUCUUCCACGCAGCAGUGAGCGAAGUUGGUUCGGGGUUACUAUUGGUUGCUGGUUUUGGAUUGUUGAUUCCCAGUGCAUUCUACUCUGCCCUCUCUGGAAGCGCAAACAGAAGUACCUUCACGCCAGAGGACUUGAUUGCGAGCACUCGCACUAUCAGCAGGGCGACUUCUGUCAUUCUACUGGUAGCUUUCCUGACAUAUCUCUGGUUUAACCUCCGAAAAAAUCACAGCAUUUUCGAUGAAGUCCUCGAGCUCGAUGAGUCCGCUGACAAGGAUCGAACCAAGGAGCUGAUAAGGUGUAAACUCACAUUGACGGAGGCCCUUUUAGCAGUUGCAAUCGCUAUCACCUGCGUCUGUAUGCACGCCGUGUUCCUGGUCCUCGAGAUCCGCCAUAUUGUUGAGCUAGGCGUGCCGGAUAACUUCAUGGGAUUAAUAUUAGUUCCUUUGGUAGAAAAGGCUGCGGAGCAUCUUACAGCCAUUGACGAAGCCUGGGAUAACCAAAUAAACUUUGCACUGUUCCACUGCCUAGGGCCAUCGAUCCAAACUGCCCUCUUUAACGCGCCCUUGGUUGUCAUAGUCGGGUGGGGUCUCGGCAAGGAUAUGGACCUGAACUUUGAAAUAUUCAUGAUCGUCCUACUCGUCCUCGCAAUUCUCGUGGUUGGGAACUUCCUUCGGGACGGGAAAUCCAACUAUCUCGAAGGGGCGCUUUGCGUCCUGGUAUAUAUCAUUAUCGCAGUUACUACAUGGUACUAUCCCAACCCGGAAGAGGGGACCACCAACACCCAGGUCCCUAUUAGCGAGGUUCAACGUCGAGUUGUCGGAUAUUAAUCUUUCUUGUGGGCAUCUUGAAAGUGUGCGUGUCAUAUAGCCAGCACUGUUAAUUUCGGUCACGAAUACCACUUCGAAAUACAAGUCUUCUAGUCACCGCAUUCAGAAUACUUAAACGACAGGAUUCAUAUCAUUGUUCUGCAAGUAAAGUACUAAAUUAUAUAUCACGUUUGAGCUAGUUUCUUGACCACCUCAACUAUUUCCGGUACGGAGCUGAGCCCGACCAUCACCGCUCCAAAGAGACCCAUCACCAAGCUCGACAAAGCUGCUGCACGAGGGUCCAUCGUCAGCAGAGAUGCCGUUGCUAUUGCAGAGCUAUUAGCCCCC